UUCAGUAGAAAGCAGCUCAGGAUUUUUUUUAAAUGGUAAAUAUAAGCGAUUUAAAUUUUAAAAAAAUCUAAGCAUUAGACACACACUGACUGUGGAAUUUCAAAACUACAUACAUAUAUUUUCAAUAUUGAUAAUUUAACCACGAUAUGGUAUGCGACGAGGAGUUAGACGUCAACAUUUACAAUGAGGACCUGAACGCACCAGGGUUCUAGCAACGACUAAAAACACCAACAUACUAAUUGUGAGUUUUAUCAUCAUGCUGAAAUAUCAAGUGUGACUGUUCAGAAAUGUGCCCGAAUAUUAUACGAGAUUCAUGAAUUAAUUUAUUGAAUAUUCUUGAGUAUAUGCUUAGGUGAGACGUUGUUGCCCUCCGUGUUAGCAUUAGUAUACGAGCAUGACAACAUGGGAGGAAAACCAGGACAAAGUCUUUCUUCUGACGAGCAAAAAGAUCUGGCCCAAAGACUCACCGCCUUUCUGCACCAGUACAGGUUCUUAUCGGAGUCGUAUGUGAUUGAGUUCUUCACUGAGGAUUUGUGGCACAAGUUACCUGUCAGCUGGCAGUCUGUCCUGCAGCACCUGUCCUACCCUCAGACUGCAGACCUGCUGCUGGACGCUGACUAUCAACCCAGGAGGUAUCCGUGCGUGUGGCCGCUGUCCCUACUGGCUUUCCGGGCCUCGACCCACGCGUUCACCUUUCCCAGACACUCCUGGCGGGGUGCGGGCGCCACGGACGCUUCAGCCAAGCCCCAAGAGUUCCGCGACAAUCCGCACCAGAGCUCCCUGCUGGCCCACAUCUUCCGCAAGCACGUCAAGCCCAAGAAGCAGCACGAGAUCCGCGAGCUGGGCGCGCUGGUCGAGCAACUCUGCGAGCAGACUGGGUGCAAGCGAGUGGUGGACGUAGGCUCCGGACAGGGCCACUUGACUCGCUUCCUGUCGUUCGGGUGCGGUUUGUCCGUGACCGCCAUUGAGGCUGAUCCCACCUUGGUUGCCACGGCGACCAAGUUUGACGGAGAGCUACUACUGGCCCUGAAGAAGGAAGAACAGAAACGGAAGUGUUCUUAUGAGCUGCCAUCAUCACCUCGCCACGUGACAGGUUGGGUGGACCCCAAGGCAUCAUGGGAGGUUUUCGUCAAACAGCUGGAAGGUCACGUUAUUCCAGCGGGACACUGCAAAAAGCGAGCACGGGUGUCGCCAUGCUGCGCCGCGCUUGACUCCAAAUCAUCCGGUCCUUCUGGGGACGAGUCUCGUGACCGGUCAGACUUUGUCCUGACCGGUCUGCACGCCUGCGGGGACCUCAGCCCCACCCUCCUCCGCCAUUUCGUCAAAUGCCCGCACAUCCGCGCCAUCACCUCUGUGGCGUGCUGCUACAUGAAACUCUCCACCCAGGAGCAGCCCGCCCCUCCGGGCGUGGUCGGACCGCCGCCGUCGACCUCGGACCGGGCCCCGCCGCGCUCGGACUUUGGCUACCCCAUGAGCGAGCACGUGCGGGCCUUGCCGGGACACGAGCUGUCCUACAAGGCGCGGGAGGGGGCGUGUCACGCCGUGGAGCACUACGUCAGGAGGCUGCGGGAGGAGAGCGCGCUGCUGCGCACGCACUGCUACCGCGCCAUGUUGGAGACCUUCGUCACGGAGGCCAGGCCGCAGCUGCGCAGGGCGGGGAUCCAGACGGUGAAGAAAGCCCACUUGCUCACCUUCACUGAGUACGCCAAGUUGGGUCUGGCCCGGGUCGGCCUGCCCCCCUCCCUCCCUCUUGACCCGGGCUGCGUGGAGCGCAUGCUGGCGCAGCAAGGCAAGGUGGUCGUCUACUUCAGCCUGGCUCUGCUGCUAGCUCCCGUGGUAGAGACGCUGGUGCUGCUGGACCGCAUGAUCUACCUGCAGGAGAACGGUGUGGACAGUCAGCUGCUGCCGCUUUUUGACCCGGAAUUUUCCCCAAGAAAUUUUGUGCUGGUGGGUGUGAAGACCGGAGGCUAGCAAAGAAAGGAACACUUGAAGCUGCAGUAUGUACCCUUCUGCAAACCUGAGUUCUUUUAAAAUAUAUAUUUUUUUAACAUGUUUUUUAAAACAACAAAUAUUAUGGUUUAAUUCUCAGCAUUAGUGCUGAUUUUCUUUCCAAUUUGAUACCAAGUAAAAUUCAGGCUGGUAUUGACGAUACCAAUCCGAUACUUUGUGCAAAUAUACCUAACAUGUCUGCUAAAAUGUCUGUGUAUUUUCAAAUAAUAACAUAUCUACCUAAAAAAAAACCACAGUAAAAUGUAAGAAAAAAUCGUAAUGUAAUGAGAAAAAGCUGACAUUUUUAAACUAAUAAUUAAUAAUAACAUACUUAGCAACCCAUAAUCAUAACACAACAUAUUGUCUUUAAAUAUAUAUAUAAUAUAUGUUUUUACCUUCUUUUCUUUUUUUCAUUAAAAAAUUACAAAAUGUCCCCGCCAUACUAGUAUGCGGCCCUUGGUGGAAAAAUUUUAGAUACUCUUAAUCUAAAAUAUUAGAAGCUCUCAAAAUAAAAAAUAUAUACAAUUAUAUACACAUUUUGUUAAUUACUUAAAAAAACAAAAAACUAAGUUAUGAAUUAAUAAAAUAAUUACAACAACCAUAAUAAACACUGUUAAAUGUGUAACUGAAUAUUAAUAUUUUCCUACAGGCCAAACUUUUGACACACUCGGUUAUGCAGUUUAACAACCGUACUAUUAUUAUUAUUCUUGUUCCAUUAUGAAAUGAGGAAAAAAAACAAUUGUAAAAAUGUAAGAAAAAAGAUCAAUAAAUUGGAAAUUAAUGAGAAAAAGAUGAUAUUUUUAAACUACCGUAUUUUUCAGAGUAUAAGUCGCACCGUAGUAUAAGUCGCACCAGCCGAAAAUGCAUAAUAAAGAAGGAAAAAAACAUAUAUAAGUCGCACUGGAGCCCGGCCAAACUAUGAAAAUAUCUGCGACUUAUAGUCCGAAAAAUACAGUAAUAAUUAAUAGGAAUAUACUUAGUCACAUACAACACAAAGUUGUUUCUUUAAAUAUAUAUAAUAAUACUAAUACUUGACUGUUCAGUAUGUGGAAAAAGUUUAAACACCCCUGAUCUUAAAUAUUAGAAGCUUUCAAAAUAAAAAUGAAAUAUACUUACAUUAUAAACAAAGUGUUAGGAUCCGCUGCCCGGAUCAUAGUUUGUUUAAGUUUUCUAGUCACAUGUGUUUUCAGCCCCUUGUGUUUGUUCGUUUCUGUUGCCAUGACAGCAGAUUAUGCUCAGCUGCCUCUGGUUAGUGUUCGAGACGCUCACCUGUUGUCCGGGCACUAAUCAGAGGGCUAUUUAGUCUUUGCCCGGGCAGCACUCUGCCUGGCUUCCUAAUUUGCUUUCAUGCAACAACUAACGACCACCUUGUUUCCUGUUAGCUCUCAUGCUAUAUUAUUUUGCUUGCUAGCUCCCAUGCUAGUCGUUUUUGUUUUUUUUCUGUCUGAUUUAUUUGUGGAAAUAAAUCAUUUUCCUACCUGCAAGCUGUGUCCGAGCCGUCUGCAUCAUUGUGAGAACACCACCGCACCUCGAUGCGACCAGGUCGUUACAGUAGGAAGCCAGCAAGAAGAAGUUCUCUCGCAGCGAGCAUGUCGGAGGAGAUGGACGA